CCACCAGUAACCAGUUACAAUUGCCCCGGUCAUGCAUAGGGACUGCCAACUGCCACCCAAUCAGCUGCCGGAAUGUGUGGUAGCUGGUUUGUCCUCCACAGUACUCCAUCAUGCCACCCCUCCCCACCCCCCAAGGUCGAGAUUGGGUUGUUUUGUUUUGUGGGUGUCCUCCCCGUCCUGUCCUGUCCCUGUCGUCCCCGUCACUGUCCGCCCGAACGAACGAUCAACCUCCCUCGAGGCGGUUUUCACAUACACUACAUAAUCCCACCUGAAACCUACAUCCCCGCCCAGCAUACGUUAACUCACCAAAAAAAACCCGCCCAACAUUUCGAAGUUCGAUUCCGAGUAUGGGGAGAGCGCUAGGUCUCGUCGCUGCGCUCCUUGCCGCGGCAACAACUGGCGUCAGAGGACAGCAGUAUGAUCCGCGUACCGACUUCUGUCGACGGUUUAGUCACGAAGCGGCCGUUCUGGGCGAUAGGUUAUACAUCGACGGCGGCCAACUCAAUCUCGCUGGAAAGGGCGGAAAGAACUUUACCAAUGACCGAUUACUAUGGCACGACCUUACGCAGACGAAGUUGGACGGCAAAGACAUCGAGAUGCCAGUGCUGAUGACGAACCUCAGCAAGCCUGACGAGGUGCCGUCAGUGAUCGGCGGGAUCCUGUGGGCGGACCAAGCGAACGGACGGCUAUUUCAGUACGGCGGCGAGUGGCCGGAGCCGGGCGUGCCGGAUGAGCAGUUCGAUCUGUGGACGUACGACACGUAUAACGACAGCUGGGCGAAGCGGGAGGUGGCGCGGGACAUCAUGCGGCUGUCGUUCGGAGCGGGCAUGGCGGUCGAGGAGAGCGGGAAGGGAUACUACCUUGGCGGCUGGAUGAGCAGUCGCAGCGAUAUCAACUGGCGCGCGCCGAAGUUGGCUAGCAACAGGAUGGUCGAAUACGACUUUGUCGCAGAUACUUGGCAGAAUAGCACCGGGCCAGACGAUAAGGCGGGACGUGCGGAAGGCGCAAUGUUCUAUAUUCCCGCGGGCGAUAAGGGCAUGCUGGCGCAUUUCGGAGGUGUGCGGAUAGCGGACAAGGAUGGUGCGGAGGAGGAGCCGGCCUCGAUGGCCGUCAUAGAUCUUUACGACUUGGCCAGCGGAAGAUGGUACACACAGAACGCGACUGGUGAUAUUCCCGAAUCGCGGCGACGAUUCUGCGGAGGCGUCGCACACGCGCAAGAUCGGUCCAGCUCGAACAUAUAUAUCUACGGCGGCCUCGGCUUCGGUGCGAACUCAACCGGCUACGACGAUGUCCACAUCCUGACGAUCCCCACAUUCCAGUGGAUCAAGGUCUUCCCCGGCAAGGGCGUGGUGGUGCAAGAGAAGGAUAAAUACCCGCACUACGACCUCUCGUGCUCCGUCGUCAAGAACUCGCAGCUCCUGAUCAUCGGCGGGCAAUUCCCCAAGGAUCUGGACGCAAACAACUGCGAUGCCCAAGAAAAAGCCGGCGUACACAACCUGGUCAUGUCCAAAGUCAACAAGGGCACGGAGUCUGUAUACUGGGAAGUAUUCGACCCCGAGCGGUCGGUGUACACCGUUCCGGACGACAUCCUCGACGUGAUCGGUGGCGACGCGCAGGGCCACGCCGCAGUAAAAUCCCCCAAGAACAACUUCGAAUUCAACGACGUUGAGGUUCUUUUCCGGCGGACGUACGCUCCGGCGGCACGCACCCCGACCCGCACCGCGCCCGCCGCGUUCGCCACCUCCACGUCCGCGUCCAGCGCCAAAUCCACCGACGACUCGGGCGCGUUUGCCACGCCCGCGAAGCAAGCCACAAUCCUCGUCCCGACCAUAAUCGGCAUCGCAUUACUCGCCGGACUGGGUUUCUUCCUAUUCCGGCGCCGCCGCCAAAACGCCGCGUCCCGCCCCGCCGAGGAGCCGCCAGGCUACAAGCCGUACAACUCCGCGGCGGCCGAGAGCGUCGUCACGAGCUCUUACACGCCCACAGGCACCUUCAACGGCUACCAGCCGCCGUACCCGCCGCCACCGCCCUUGAUGGGCUACGAUACCACCGGCAACGGGUACAGUGAUGCUGGCGCCCAACUUAGCCCUCCGCCGCCGCAGGAGCUGCCGCAACACGGUUGGAGGUCUCCGGAGCCUAUGAGUAUUCGUAGUCCUGUGCCGGGACACUACCCGCCGCCGCUGCUGGAGGGGCUGACGGAGGCAAGGAGUCCGGGCCCGGGACAGGAGAUGAAGGAGCGGCGCUGAAUCGCUGACGAUAUGUUUUCGGAGGGGUUAAUGGUCGGAUUUCUGCGGGUUUCGUUGGGCGUUUUGAAUUUUUCUUAACGGUGGUGAGUGUGUGGCGAGCGUUGUUGGAAGUACCUAUAAGAGAAGAAUCGAAAAAAAGAAUACAUAAUGGUAUCGUGUGGACGAUCGGACUAAGCACGAGUGACUGGUCAUGCAGACACGGUGAACGGUCAAUCCCACGCCGGAAUCGAGCUGGCUGUUUUAGUCCAGCGGCUCCAGGGAGGCCCAAUCGAGGCUAGGAAGAUGUUCUGUGUGGAUCGCGGUGCCGGGUGAUGUAAAUACUUCGAAUUCUGG